AUGGGGUACGAGUACACGUCUAAGAUGUUGGUAGCAUGGAUGAAGGCUAAGGGCGCAGAAACUCAGCGUGAAUUUGAAGCAAUAUGGGAUGAUUUUAAAAAAAUAUUCCAAGACGCCAUGAAGAAUGUGUACAGUGAUCAUGAUGUAAUUAACGAACUAUGUAGAGGAGAUGUAGACGGAGAAAAUGAAAAUUGGGAUAAUAAAGACAAGGAGUUGUGUAAAGUGAUGGUAAAAAUAUUUAUGUAUAUAAAUGGAAUAAAAACAUGGCCAUAUGACACAUUAAAAGGAAUAGAAAGUAAGGAAGGGCACGAACAGAUGGACUCGUAUUUCAGGUGUAUAAUAGGAAGAACAAUUAUGAUAAAGUGGUUGGGGGGUCACUGCAGGAGGAAAAAAGUUGCGAAAAUUGUUUUAGGGGCCGCCGGGGCCUGGAGAGGUAUGAGUAAAGUGGAAGAGCAUCAUAGGAAAUGUGAAGGUUUAGACUUUAAGAACAUGGGAAUUGCGGGGAAGUAUAUGUGGCCACGAGUGAAAGAAUGGGCUAAGAUGAGAGACAGGGGUAUAAGUAAAUUAGAGAGUGUGAAGAAGCAGGGGGAAUGUAGUGAGGGAAGUGAUGUAGGAAGAUUAGGAUCCCGUACUACGGCGGAAGAUGAGAAAUAUUUAACGGAAUUAUUUGGUGUAGGGAGUGAAAAGGAGUUGGACGAACUCAAAAAAUUAGCUGAAGAUGGAAAUAAGUGGGGAAAGGAGGAUUUGGAGGACGUUUUGAAGAAAGCGAAGGAAGCAGAGGAGGGGGGUGAAGGGGAAGAUUUCCUAGUAAGGAAGUUACAGGAGUCAUUGGGAGAACUAUAUGAGAGGAAAAAGGAAGAAUUUGAAAGGAACAAAGAGACGGAACAGGUCCCUGUACCACAACCAGACGGUAGGAAUGAAAACGACGAGGAGGAAGACGAAGAAGAAGAAUUAGACGAAGGAGCGGAGGAUGAGGAAGAUGAAGAAGCGCAAGAGGAGGAAGAUCGCAAACCUCCAUCUUCUGGUCCUCCACCUGCUCCUCCUGGUUCUGGGGGUGGUGGAGGGGGAGCGUCCAGUUUAGAAACACCCAAGCCUGCCAAACUUACUGCCAAGAUUAACAACCCCUUCCUUCCUUACAUCCCCCUUGUUCCUGCCACCAUUGGAAUCACUGUUAUGAGCUACUUACUUUGGAAGUACUUUGGAAUGCUUCGUAAAACAAGGAAACGUUACAGAAGAGCGCAUCAAGUACGUGGUCCAAACUUAGAUCAGCAGAUGGUUGACCAUGUCGAUGACCAGGCAGAUGGUCCACAAGUCUUAGACGAAUGUCAAAAAGGGGACCUGCAUUUGACGAAGGAAGGCUUUUUUGAAAUUUUGGUUGAAGAAUUUAUGGGAUCAAAAUUUAAGAAAGAGCAAAAUCUUCCUAAGGAAGUAGUUCCUAAGGAACAUGUUCCAAGUUCAGAUUCCGGGUUUAGGGAGGAAGACUUUGUUCCUGAGAAAAAUGUUCCUAUGGAACAGGUUCGAAGUUCAGAUUCCGGGUUUAGGGAAAGAAGACUUGGUUCCUCCGCAAUAUGUUCCUAUGGAACAGGUUCCGGGUUCAGAUUCCGGGUUUAG